CCAAACGAGAGCUGUAAUGGUUAAAUGGGGCGGUUUACUAAUCUGAUUUUGGCUUGAGGAGUGUUGAUGUUGUCAAUGGAUUUAAUUGUUGUUUGAUCACUCAAUGGAUGUGUGGUUAGCAAAAUGGAGUACUGCAAACGGGUAUAAAACAUGUGAUUAUGAAGGGUAUCACCAAUUCGUACAGCAACUAUGCGGCUCAUUAACAUAAUAACUUUAGUUUUUCUACUAAAAAUCGCACCGUUUAUGGAAAGUGGCAAGCCUACAGCUGGUUUGCCACAACGGCGCAACGAAUCAAAACAGUACACAUUUAAAAUAUUAAAGUAUAUCAGCAAAGAAACGCCAUACAAGCGUACCCAUCUGCACUACUUCAAAACGAUUUUACGCCGCAACCAGCCGACGCUGCUGAACAUGUCGCUCACCAUACCAGAAGUGCUGAACUAUGUAUGGGUGAGAAUUAAGCUGCACUACAAGUUUAACACCUUCCAGCCAUUUCUGAUCGAUAUGGAGCAGGAAGCUUGCGAAUAUAUAAGGAAUCGUCCGAUCAUUCCACAGACGGAUUAUAUAUAUGAAACGUUCGUAAAACGUUUACCAGCCAUUGCCGGACCAUGUCCGCAUGGGAAUAGAACAUAUGACAUCGUUUGGUGGCUCGAGGAGCGGUAUACACCACGCUCCAUUCCGGCAGGAGAGUAUCGACUGGAUAUGAAAUUUGUCGCCAUUGAUAACGUGACGCUCUUUGCUUCGGAAACGUACUUUACGGCUAGGCGUAAUGGUAUCUUACGCUCGAUGAUUGAAUGGUAAAAAUGUUGGCCAGAAGAUACAUAGAUAAUGGCACCAGAGCUACUUGAAUAUUCGUGUCGGUCUAAUAUUGGGUUGUUCCUGCCACAGAUGCCUGUAAAAUGUGUGUAGUAUCGAAUGGGG